ACGUAGGCCCCGCCCCCCGGCGGACAGCCCGCUCGCUCGGUCGGGAAGGCGAAGAGCCGCUGCGCUUCACGAUGCGCUGCUUGGCUACACCCACACUGCUCCGGGCCCUGACCCAGGCAGCUCGCACAGGGCCUGUCAGCUGUCGAGGUCUCCAUGGCAGCAGUGUGGCAGCCACCUAUAAGUAUGUGAAUGUGAAGGAAGAGGCGAUGGACAUGAAAUCAGUGACCGACCGUGCUGCCCAGACCCUGCUGUGGACCGAGCUUGCCCGAGGUCUGGGUAUGACCCUGAGUUACUUGUUUCGGGAACCGGCCACCAUCAACUACCCCUUUGAGAAGGGCCCGCUGAGUCCCCGCUUCCGUGGGGAACAUGCACUACGCCGUUACCCAUCAGGCGAGGAGCGCUGCAUUGCCUGCAAGCUGUGCGAGGCCAUCUGCCCAGCCCAGGCCAUUACCAUCGAGGCUGAACCUCGGGCAGACGGCAGCCGCCGGACCACACGCUACGACAUCGACAUGACCAAGUGCAUCUACUGCGGCUUCUGUCAGGAGGCUUGCCCCGUGGACGCCAUCGUAGAGGGCCCCAACUUCGAGUUCUCCACGGAGACACACGAGGAGCUGCUGUACAACAAGGAGAAGCUGCUCAACAACGGAGACAAGUGGGAGGCGGAGAUCUCGGCCAACAUCCAAGCCGACUACCUGUACCGGUGAUGCCCGGUGACACCAACUACACGCUCUGAAGCCCGCUCUAGUCGCCUGUCCUGCAGCGUCGUCUUGGGAGGGAUCUUGGCCAACAUUCAGGCCUCAAUGUACCAUAUUUGUGACACCCAGUAAACGAUCUGACUCUGC